CUAUUAAGUAACCCUUAUUGUGGUUACUGUACUGUGUAGGCUAACCGAGUGAAUCCGACAACCUCACACCUUCUAGUUUCUAUGUGCAUGGCGUGGAACUUCGUCUGACAACAUGAAGUUGAACGUCUCUUUUCCGGCAAAUGGUAGCCAGAAACUGUUCGAGAUAGUGGAUGAGCACAAGCUCCGCAUCUUCUAUGACAAGCGGAUGGGAGCUGAGGUCGAGGCCGACCAACUCGGUGAUGAGUGGAAAGGCUACGUUGUCAGAAUAUCUGGUGGUAAUGACAACCAAGGUUUUCCCAUGAAGCAAGGUGUACUCACCAAUGGGAGAGUACGUUUACUUCUGUCCAAAGGACAUUCCUGCUAUAGACCAAGGAGACAAGGUGAAAGGAAAAGGAAAUCUGUCCGAGGGUGUAUUGUGGAUGCAAAUCUCAGUGUUCUUGCUCUAGUUAUUGUUAAAAAAGGAGAGCAGGAUAUUCCGGGGUUGACAGAUGUCCAUGUUCCUCGUCGUCUAGGGCCAAAGAGAGCUUCUAAGAUCCGUAAGCUCUUCAAUUUGUCCAAGGAAGAUGAUGUAAGACAUUAUGUCAUCAAACGUCCACUUCCCCUUAAAGAAGGACAAACAAAACAACGUCUAAAAGCCCCGAAAAUUCAACGCUUGAUCACACCAGUUGUUCUGCAGCGCAAGAGGCACAGGAUUGCUCUUAAGAAGAGGAGGGCAGAAAAGAGGAAAGAACAAGUCCGUGACUAUGCCAAACUUUUGGCUCAACGUCAAAAGGAGGCCAAAGCCAGGCGCCAGGAAGAAUUAAAACGCCGCAGGUCUGCAUCUAUGCGUGAUUCCAAAUCUUCGGCUCACAGUGGUCCCCAAAAAUAAGUUUUUAUUAUAAAUAAAAAAACACCUUCUUGAGGUUACCCAAG